GGCGGUGCGCAUGUGUUCCUGCAGAUUAGCGCCAAGGGUUUCCUACCGGGAAGGACUCUUGUUUACGCAGCGACCCCCUUUUGACUUUGUAGCAGGAAAAGGUGGGGGGUAGACAGAGAAGAGAGAGAGAGAGGAAUUAAAAAAAAGUAGCAGCGAGUGAGGUCAGCAGCGUAGCAUGAGUCAAGCCCGGGGAUGUAUGCAGUCAUCAUCACCAUCACCGUCGCGGGGCUGUAUUGUGCGCGGCCCUGCUUGGCCGCACAGAGCCGCGAGUGUGCCCAUCCUGCGGGGCUGAGCUGCCGUUUAGUAGCAGCUUUCAUGACGAGCACAGGUGUUGCCGGUAAAUGAGAAAAACACGCAGACUUCUUCAGAUCUGUUCACCCCCGUCUGGCAACCUGAGUGGAUCACGAAGAACAUCAGAGGGGAUAGAGGAUUAUCUUGGUUGACCUGGCUUCUGCUCACUCUGAUGUCAGCGUAGUGUUGCAGCUUUAUUUCACUGUACAUACCCUAUAGCGGGGUAUACACAAGCAUAUUUAUUGCUCUCAUUUUGGAUGGAUUGACUUAAGGGGCAUCCAGUGGAGUGUUGACUGAAAAUAGUUCUCUGCCUCGGCGUCUUCAUGCCCGUCAUGAGUGUACCAGCCCAGCAGAAACCAAGCAACAAAAGAACAGGCAAGCGCAUCACGUUUUUCAACGAUCAAAGUGUAGCAAUGAAGGAGACUUCUCAGCACCCGGAAGGAUCCUACUAUGUCCCAAGUGGUACCGCCUCAGACCCCAGACAGAGCGAGGCUGCAAGUACUGUGACGUCCAAUCCAGAGGGUCCUCACAUGUACCUCAACUCUGUCAUCUUCAGCCCGGACAAGGGUGACCAGAGCAGAGGCCAUUAUCAACAGACUGUGCCCAUGAAGUGGGCUCACCAGGAGCCCAGUCAGCAGCAGCCGUCAGUGUCCCAGCAGCAGAGAGCUGCCACUUGGGCCACCAUGUCUAACUGGGGGCAGAACUUUACAAAUUAUAUCGGAGGAGUUAACAUAACAGACUCACGGAGCCAGAACGCAUUUGUUAAGUCAUUGCACGAGCCUUCUGGUUUACAGCCACAUCAACAGCCCUCUAACAGAGCAGCAGACAAACCUACAGUAGAAGCGUACAGGGAUGCUGCAAAGUCUCGGGGCAUGGAGUGGGAGCAGCAGCAGCAGUCCCAGGCCUUUCAGGAGACUCUGAAACCAGGGGUGCUGAACACCCAACAGCAGAGUUCAUCCCACCAGGGAGGAAGCUCAGUCUUGCAGCCCUUCCAGUUGGCCUUCGGUCAGCCCAAGCAGCACCUGCCAGCCUACUACCAGGCCUUCCAAGGGAACAGGACAACGCUACCUAACCCACCAAACUACUCGGCACCCAACGCCAAACCCCCACAUCACUUACAGCAGCUGCAGAAACAAGAACAAAUACAGCGCCAGCAACAACAUCAUAUAAUCCAGCAGCAAAUUCAACAGCAGCACCAACAACAAAUUCAGCAACAACAAAUCAUUCAGCAUCAACAGCAUGUGCAGCAACAGCUACAGCAGCAGCAGCAGCAGCAGCAACAAAUACAGCAUGAGCAGCAGCAACAAAAGAUACAGCAACAGCAACAACAGCAGCAACAGCUCCAAAUUCAGCAGCAAAUGCAACAUCAGCAGUUGCAACAACAAAACCCCCAUGUGCUUGACUAUUACCCUGGCGCACAAAAUGCACACCCACAUCCACAGCCUGUCGUCGUACACUCCCAGGAGUCCUCUGCUCCAGCUCCCCCAAAGAUCCAGGAGCCAAUCAUCCAGGACAUCACCCCAGAACCCCAGCAGCCGUCGGAUCCGCUGCCGCCCCCUCUGCAGUCCGAGCCCCUGUCCCAGUCGCAACCUCAGACGCAGCUCCAGUCUCAGUCCCAGCUCCGGAGAUCCCGACGGCUCUCCAAGGAAGGCGGCGCGCCGUCCGACAACCCUUUUCUCUCCGUCUCCUCGGAUGAGCCGGCGCCGGGGCCACAGGGGUCUCAAAACGGGGCCCGCGACAUCCAGGCAGCCCCAACAGGUGUCAUCCAAAGUACACGCAGAAAACGCCGGGUUUCCCAGGAGGUCAACCUGGAGACGCUCGCUCACGAGGCCUCGUCCAGGGAGUUUCUGCCAUCACACGUUAGCAAGGAGCCACACCGGCCGUGGAGUCCCACCGAACCAGAGGGCAUGAAGCGGCCUCGAGACGACACUCUUCUUCCACUCGUCAUCCCCGUGUCUGUUCCAGUCCGGAGGCAGGAGCCCUCGUCCCCUGACAGAGACGAAGCCGCCCUGGCGUCCACCUGGCCCCCCAGGCCUUCGAACCCCCAGGACCUCGGCCGCGCCGACCACAAGCCCUCGGUCAUCGUCACUCGCAGGCGCUCGCUCAGGAACUCUUUGUCGGAGAGCUCGGAGCAGAAUGACGGCGCCGAGGGGGAAAAAGACGACGAUGGCAAAAAGUCCAAACGUCGUCCCCGUCCCGAGCCUCUCUUCAUCCCGCCGCCCAAACCCGGUUUAUUCAUCGCCCCGCCCGUCUACUCCAGCAUCACGCCCUACCAAAGCCACCUACGCUCCCCCGUACGGCUCGCCGACAACCCCAUCACCAUGCCCCCCUACACGCCGCCUCCCAUCCUCAGCCCUGUUCGUGAAGGCUCAGGCCUUUACUUCUCCACUUUCCUGUCAUCUGCUGCAGCUGCUGCAGCCGGCGGCCCGGGCCUGCCGCCUCCAGCGACACCCAAGUCGGCCACCCGCAGCCUGUUGCGUUCCAACAGCUGCGACAUCACACCGCCGGUUUUGCCUCCCAUGACCGACGCCACCCCAGUCAGCAUUGAGCCACGGAUAAAUAUUGGGUCACGGUACCAGGCGGAGGUGCCAGAGCUGAGGCUGCGGACAGCUGUCGAGCUGGAUCAUCAUCGUGCCGAUCUGGUCUGGGCUCCGCUGAGCGAAAUGGAGGAAAAACCUGACUUCCACGAGAAAGUGGAAGACCUCAUGCACCUGGCCUGCUCCAGCGUUUUGUGUGGAGGAGGCACCAACCAGGAGUUAGCCCACCAUUGUCUGUACGAGUGCAAAGGGGACAUAAUGGCCGCUCUGUCCAUGCUGAUGCUGAGGAGUCCGAUUUUCCCCAAGUCGCACCAUCUGGCCGGCUACCACUACUCAGGAUCAGACAGCUGGACGGCAGCUGAGAGACGCCACUUCAACAAAGGCAUCACCGCGUACAAGAAGGACUUCUUUAUGGUGCAGAAACAGGUUACCACGAAGACAGUGGCGCAGUGCGUGGAGUUUUACUACACGUACAAGAAACACGUGAAGAUGGGCCGCAACGGGAUGCUAAUCUACGGCGAGGCAGAGCCUUUGGAGAGCAAAACCACAGAGGAGGAGAUGAACCACAAGGGCGCUCACAGACUGGAGCCUCAGCGGGAGGAGGACAGCAGGAAGUGGGAAGGGUCAGCUGACAGGAAACAGGAUGUCUGCCCCACCAGGGUGACACACACGCUGCAGUCCACUGAGAAUCCGGGGACCGUCCUGAUCAUGAAGGGCCAGGAGGACGUGGGGAGGGAGCAGCCGCUGUCCCGGGUCAUCCACCCGCCUCACCCGCCUCCCCCCAGCUCCAAACCUCGAAACUACGACGGCAACGCGCGCAGGACGAGCCCCUCGACGGGCAACAAGGGCUCGACCGCGCAGGAGGGAGAGUUCCCCUGCAAGAAGUGUGGCAGAAUUUUCUACAAGGUGAAGAGCCGCAGCGCCCACAUGAAGAGCCACGCCGAGCAGGAGAAGAAGGCGGCGGCGCUGCGCCAGAAGGAGGCCGAGGAGCGGGCGGCGGCGAAGGCUGCGGCCGAAGCGGCCGCCGUGCUGGCGGCGCGGCAGCACAACGGGACGCGACAGGUGGGAGGAGGCGACAGCACCAACGACGACUCUUCGGACGGAGAGGACGACGACGACGAGGACUGGCAGUAAGAGGAAGGCCGCAGACAAAACUGACUGCACCAGAGGGGAGGA